GGCGGGUGCGGAAGUGCUGAGCGCGGCCACACGGUGGGCACGAUGAAAAAAUAAUCGUCGUGUCGUAUGUGUCGCCGAAAGUUGACGGAUGUGCGUCAACCCGCAACCGAUUCCGAAUCGAACCCGAAACGCAGCCGUCUGCGGACGGCUCUUUUCCAUCGCGUGCGAUCCGUUCGGCGCGUGAGAGGCCGGAACCUUCGGGAAACGUUCUGUAAGUGUCCACCUCUUGGCCACGGUUCUGUGUCCAUAUUGAGGAGCAGCACCGCACAACACCGUUCCGUAGGUUUUUCGUGUGUUUACGUGCAUCGUAGUAGGCAACGAGCGGUGGAAUAGGGGCCCGUGACAGUUUCCGUAGUGACGAACGAGUGAACAACAACCGGCAACCACAUACCGUGCACGAUGGAGGCGAUGGUUGAAAAUUCGGCCAAUCCACCGGCCCGCUUCUACUGUCAUUCGUGUUCCGUCGAGAUCGACAGUGUUUCAUCGGAGUUCACCUGUCCGCACUGCUCCGAAGGCUUCAUCGAGGAACUACCGGCCGCGGAUCGGAAUGGUGCGCCCGGAUCGUCCGGUUCCGCACAGGAAUCGGAGGCACCAGCAAACGAUUACGUCAAUGCACAAAUCAGUACCGAUGCGAUUGGCAGGUUGGCUGGAGAGUUGCUCACAAACUCUUUCCUGUCGCCGUUUUACCACAACAACUACGAUGAAGAGUCUGCCGGAGGGUCGUCUGGUUCCGGUGGCAGUAGGUACACCACAUUCACGCCCGAAGACAUUCCGCCGUUCAGUCAGUCCCCCCAGGCGGCCACCGGGGGUGUCGGUAGCGUAGAUGUUGCUACCGGGUCGGGCAGUGGCGGCAAUGGCAGCAACACCGCCAUGACUAACGGUGCAGGUGGCAGCGGUGGAACUUCUCUGCAUCGUGCCUCGCUGGGAAGGCGCGGUGGCCGACGGCAUCCGAUGCAAAACAUCACGCAUCUGGAUCACAUUCUGCGCGAAAUUCUAAUCUCGGUGACGGACGUCGGUCCGGGUGGGAUGCCCAUGUUUUUCAUGGGAAACCCAGGAGACUAUGCGUGGGGUCGUGAAGGCAUCGACAGUAUCGUCACGCAGCUGCUCAACCAGAUGGACAAUACCGGGCCGCCACCGUUGGAGAAGGAACGGAUCGCGGAAAUACCGAUCGUAACCAUCAGCGACGAGCAGGUCGAUCGGAAGCUGCAGUGUUCGGUUUGCUUCGAAGAUUUUCAGUCCGGCGAAACGGUGCGAAAGUUGCCAUGCUUGCACGUUUACCACGAGCCUUGCAUCAUUCCAUGGCUGGAGCUGCACGGUACGUGUCCCAUUUGCAGAAAAAGUCUCACACCGGACGGACUACAGCCGGGCUCGCAGGCGCAAUCACAGCAGGCAAUGGAUACCGCGCAGCAUCCACACGGCUUGGAAAAUGCACACUCACAGCAGUCGUCACCGUCAUCGCAACCGUCGCCACAGCAACAGACUCAGCAGCAUUCGGCUCAGCAGCAACAACAGCAACCUUCCUCCCAGUCUGCGGCCGGUGGCCGACCCAAUUCCAAUUUCGUCGCCUUCACAAUCCGGCCCUCGGUGUCGAGCCUGCUGUACGAUCUUGGCCAACCGUCGGGCGGCUCGGCCGUCUCUUCUAGUCUACCGGCCGCCGGAGGCAGCAGAAGUGUUGACGGGGGUGCUGCUCCUGCAUCACAGGUGCCAUCCGGCGGCGGUGGAGGCUCGACCGCUAGCUCUUCUGGUGCCCCCAACAACGCGUCCACGGGUUCGUCUGGCAACAAUGCGAAUAAUCCGGACGACGACGGAGACCUUUACUACACGCUAGACUUAGAUUAACCAAAACACAACAAUGCAAACGGUGUGCUUGGAGAAGAGCGCAAAAGUAAAAAGGGGAAUUGAUUGCUAGGGGAUGAGUUUUCCUACAGCGGAAGUGGAAGUUGAAAGAAGAAAUCCCCACACCAGGCAGGCAGCGUAAUGCGAAUUGUUUCAGUCGUUUUUUGUAUGAAAUGUAAGGAAAGAUCAAGAACCAAUUGGGAGAACGCCACGUGAAAAAGGCUAUUGAAAAGGUUCCCUUCUGAAUUUUACUAAUAUGUGCUUUUUGCUUUUAACUACUUCUCGUUACAAUAUUUUCUGAUUGCUUGUUCAGACAACAUUCGUUUCUUUCAGUGAGGUGUGCUGCGUGUUGGUUGGUUUUAGCUCGUUUCCGUUUCCGUGUCGCGCCCUUGCACAGUCGUCACGAUGCCGCUUUGUUCCCUUUCUAAUGUUAGUAGGCUAUUUAUUUCGUGGUAACACAUUUCAUACGGGACAUGAGAAACGUUCUUCGCGCCUUACCCUUUUUUUUUUAUUAAGUUUGCACAGCAACGUUGAGGACGGGUCCCCGCUACAACGAGCUACGAGCAGCGCACAUGUAUUGGGAAAUGUGCCGUUGAAGAAGUAGAAGAACCAUAAUUCGUACCGUUGUAACUCGGAAAAUAGUUACCCAAAAUAAGAAGGAAAAACAUCGCAAAGAUGUGAUGGUAACGGUAACAGUGAUCCUAGACGAAACAGUGAACUAGAUGACGUUCGACGUUUAGUUGUCACAUUCCUGCAAACCGGUGGCGCUUUGGUGCGAUGCAGAGGAAAGGCCCAACCGUAGAACAGGUUGUAGAUACGAAAAGUGCGUGGCCAAGAUGAGUGAACGAGCUAGUUUAUGGUCAAGUUCGAAGAACGCUUUGAGAGGAAAGUGACUCAAGAUUAACUGCAGAAAAGACGAUAUGAUCUCGCAUGCGGUCUACCCUACGGUUGAUAAACUAGGGACAUUAGACAACGCAGGCGAACACAUUUCGGCUUAACGAAAAGGAUGAUAGAAAGCAGAUCGAAAAUUAUCUAAACUCUGGGCUCCAAAGUGGUAACCCACGAACGAUUGCUCAGCAAAUUACAGCUCUUAGUUUGAGGACAACCGACACCAUUCACAUCUGCACACCAAUGGUGCGAAGCAAGGCGUACAAUUAUUGUAAAGAAUGAUCUUUUGCUUUCCCAUUUCUUCGCCUUGAAGCCAGAUUCAUCGCCACACGUGAAACAGGUACGCCCUGUGGAGUGAUAUGUUAGGUUUUUUGUCUUAAAUUGAAGAAACACACAAUGUGCUAACGAAUAACGAUGAGCCGUGUCCUAGAAAUCUAAACAAAAGGACAAAAAUGAAGCCGGGCCGCAAAUUGCCUUUUCAGCUGAAAAGAUAACGCAAAAAGGGCAAAAAAACAACAAGAAAUUAACACAACACUAUUAUUAAUAUGAUUAUUGAUGCGUUGGUAAUAAAGGAAAGAUGACUGAGAAA